GGAACCGAAGCCCGUGCCCAUCUAGACAUAAGCGAGCAUUUGUAGUGAACUUGCCGUGCGAUUAGACUACCCUGGCUAUAGAUGUAACACAGAGGAAGCUAGUACCUAGCCCCAGGAGUACCAAUUGAAUUAAAUUUAUUCUUUUGUCAAGUUGUGUGAGUUUUCCCUUCCCCCCAUCUUGCUCAUCCCAUCAACUCCUCACAGCGCUCCAACACCCUCACCCCAGACAACCAUGCGUCCCCUCUCCCCCCGCAUCAAGAUCAUUACAUGUCUAGUCCUAUUCCACAUAUCCAGCAUCUCACUCUGGACAAUCCACCACCACAGCCUCCAAUUCCAACGACAACCCGUGGAGCUCCUCAACAAAGCCCACGAGUACCUCACAGGGUCCCCACGGUUUCCCGUGCACAAGAACGACAUCGGGUUCAUUUUCAAAACGGGCUACGGAAACCAAGACAAGAUCACAGCAAUCCUAGACACCUUCCACAAUCUCCAAAAUGUGGUAUUGAUUGGCGACUAUGCUACUAGGACAGGAACACAUUUCAAGCACAAGGACUUGGAGAUACCUGUCUAUGAUGCGAUUGAGGCGACUCUUCGUGCUUUGCCGCCGCAGAGGAAUAGUACAAGGGUGCGCAGUUAUGAGAAGCUUACUGCGGCGAUUGCUGCGGGGGAUGAGGAGGUGGCUGGGAGUAUUGCGAGGGCACAUGGGUGGGAGCUUGAUAUUAUGAAGGUAUGUUUUUUGCGUUUCGUUUUCUUUUCUGUUAGCUGAUAGCUAGCUGGCUGGGACCCCAUCUAACUCAUUGGAUACUGUAGUGGAUAUCGGGUCUUGAGAUUGGAUACCGAUUGUUGCCAAACAAGAAAUGGUACAGUAGGCAUUUCCCAAAGCUUUUCCUUCCUAUUCUGGUUAUGCCACACGUAGUCCGAGACCUAUCUUUGGGAGCUGGUCUUCUUGUCUACCUUCAGAUACUGGGAAUUGUUUCUUCUCCAGAGAAUCAGAGAUGAAUAAUGCUGAUUCGAACACAUCGUAUCGCACAGUGCUAGCCGACGACGACACCUUCAUCAUAGAAGCAUCACUCAUAAAAGUCCUCAGCCAACUUAAUCCCCAGAAACCGCACUACCUCGGGAAAGGCAUCGGGGGCAAAGUCGAAGCAGACCGCUUCGCACACGGCGGCUCAGGAAUCGUCUUUUCAGGCGCCGCACUAUCUCGAGUACUGAGCAAUACCAGCGCAGCACAUACCGCAGCUCUCACGGGAGAGCUGGGCGACGCUCUAACCACUCGCCUCGCAUUGGCGAACGAUGUGCACCUGGAUGAGAGAUUCAGCCUUCAUUUCAAUGGCGAGCGUCCCCGGACGACGCGCAUACGACCGGAUCGGCCGUGCGAUCCGAUUAUCACCUUCCACCACAUGUCGACGGCAGAUAUUGCGGAGUUCCAGCAAAAGCUUUUAGGUGUUACAUCUCCGGUCUCGUGGAUGGUUCUGUGGACGCUCUAUGAAGGGAGGGGUCUCGAGACGUUUAUUACCCAGCCUUUUCGAUCGGAUUGUGAUCAUGUUGGGUUGUCGGAUACAGUUACUGAACAUGUUGAGACGAAGGAGGAUUGUCGCCGGCUCUGUGAUAAGUUCGGUUCGGAUUGUCUGGCGUGGACCUGGACUGCUGGGAGUCAAACGUGCCAUACGAAUCCGUGGAUAGUUAUUGGAAAUGAGGCGGUUGGGAAAGUCACGGGUGUGGUGUCGAGGGGAGUCAAACUGUUGAGUAAUUGCUGACAGGCCGGGGUU